AUGAUCGUGCGCGCCCACGAGUGCGUGAUGGACGGCUUUGAGCGCUUUGCCCAGGGCCACCUCAUCACUCUUUUCAGCGCCACAAACUACUGCGGCACUGCUGGCAACGCGGGCGCCAUCCUGGUGCUGGGCCGGGACCUGGUGAUGGUGCCAAAGCUCAUACACCCAGUGCCGCCCGCCUCCCCCCGCACGCCAGACAGCGGCGUGGCCGCGGACGAGGACCUGGCGGCGCCGCAGCCGCCUGGCAGCGACACAUGGAUGACACAGGUCAACGAGGAGCGGCCGCCGACGCCCCCCCGCGGGCGGCCGCACACUCCUGGCAGCUCUCUGGAGUACUUCUGA